UCAAGUGUGUGGGGUUUUUUUUGCGGAAAAUAAAAAGUGUAUCACAACGCUUAAUCUCUUCUGCUGUUGAAGUUUAUAUCGUAGUAUGAACUAAACAAAAUACAAAAUUGCUUUGUGUGCUUUACCGUUUAACAAGGGAAAUUAUGAAUAAUAUUAAUGUAGUUCAGUUGUGCCUUAUCGUAAUUAUUGCUAGUAGUUUCUUCGUAAAUUGUGAUGGGCAAUGCAACUGUGCUGAUUUGGCAUUUAUAAGGCAACUUCUUCAACAGGAAAUGUUUGAAAGAAAACUUGAGAUGAGUAAAUUACGUUCGGAACUGCAAACGAAAGUAAAUGGAGCUGAGUUGAUUGAAACGGAUUCAGUCAAAGAUACACAUAUCCACAUACGAGUAGAAAGACUUGAAGAGCGAUUUGAUGAAUUUGUAAAUGCAAGCAACGUUGAACAAAAAGCUGAAACAGAUGAUGAUGAUGAUAAGGCAAAGCUAACCACUCAAAAGACUAGGGAUUUUGAAUCAAGAGUACGUAAGGCUAUAAAACACGAGAAAGCUGAAAGACUAAAAUUCAUUGCAAGUGUUCAAAAUGAAACUGAAAAUGUGAAUCGCAAUAUUUCGCUUUUCAUGAAAACAACUGAUGCGUUUGUCAAAGACCAAAUAAGUAAAUGGUCUGUUCACUAUAACCAAUUUGGAAAGAAUUACUCGCAGGAGUUUUCAGAAUUGACAAGAUCGGUUGAGGAUAAGUUACAAAAUCAAGCUACAGCAACAGAAGCAAGUGUUAAUUACAUCAAUGACACCGUAGAUGAGCUUAAACAAAAUUUGUCAAGGAGAUUGGAUAGCAUUAUGGUCAAUGUAAACGAUAACAUUAAUGAUAAAAUCCUGAAAACCGAAUCCGUUCUUCAAGAAAUGCAAGCAAAUGUUACUGAUGUAAGAAAACAUGUAGAGAACGAAUCGGUUGCCAUAAAUUCCCUUGAAGCUAAUGUUGGUGAUUUAGACAUAGUUGUUGAAAAUUUGAAAAAUACAGUAUCUGAGCUAAAAGAGCAACUGAAAGAACAUAUUAAAACUUCGGACAAGCGAUUUAGCAUAGUAGGCAAAGAAAUUGGGACUUGCCAUAGUUAUGGAGGGCAAUGGACACUACAUGGCAAACAAUGCUAUAGAUUUGAAACAGACCUUACUACUUGGUUUAAUGCCAAAAAAAAAUGCGAGAUAUCUGGCGGCGAUCUAUUGAAAAUAAAAAGUAAAGAGGAGAAUGAUUUCAUUGCAAAUCAUAUCAAGAAAAUACAGAGAUCUUUCUGGAUUGGAAUACAUGACACUCAAGAGGAAAACAACUGGCAGUGGAGCUCAUCUAACGGGAAUCAAAGACCUAGUGAUUUUUUUUAACUGGGCGCCUUAUGAGCCAAACAAUGAUCAAAACGACGAGGAUUGUGGUACUAUACUACAUGGUAAUGGCCAAUGGAACGACUUUACUUGUUCGGGAAUAUUACCUUUUAUCUGUGAAGCAGAUCCACAAAUUGAUUGACAUGGUUCACAUAUAUUCGCUGCUUUGACAUUUUUAUCAAACUUAAAUAAUAUACAGUUCAAACAUAUAUUACAUUAUAGUUAUUCCAGAUUGAUAUUAUAAUUUGUAGAUAAGAUAAUAAACAUGAGAUUAAAUCAA